AUGGCACGCGGCGAUGGCACGGGGCCGCUCAUCGGGAGGCGACAGGAGCGGCGAGGGCGCAGAAACACACAGCCGCGCUGGGGCACCUCGGGGUCAUCGCCGCCCUUCCUCAGGCUGCGUCCCCUGCUGCAGUUCCGCCUGGGAAAAAGAAAGAGCUCGAGAGACCUGAGCGUGCAGGAGCCCUUCUCCAAGGUUUUUCUGAAGGCUGGAAAGAGGUACUGCCUGUACACGCGGCCUGCCAGUACCACCCGGUACAGAGCACAUAAAAACCCUGUGAAGCACUUAAACAUGAACGGCUUAUGUGAAACUACGAUCGUUCCUUCUCAGCUCGUCAGAACUCCUGCAGAAGGGCCCCACCGCAGCGCACCCCAGAGCCCAUAUUUUGGGACGCGCCUGGGCAGAGGCCUGGCUCAGCCACUGGCAUUUCCAAUAGAAGCACAACAUUCACGUCUCUGCGAUGUGCGAGAACAGACAAGAGGGGAACUGCCGAGGUCUAAGGGAAAGUUACGGUGCUUGUUUAAGAUGAAGAUGCACAUGAAACGACUUGUGGUUGCCGUACUUGUACCUCUAGCAGCAGCAGGAGCACAACGGGUCAGUCACCGUGACGAAGCUCUGGUUGCCCCGGCCGUGCCAGCAGCAGCCGCAGCGGCCAGGCCGUGCCGGGGCAGCCAGCAGGCGGGCAGCGCUGCAGCCGGAGCCAGCAGCCCGCACGGCGGCACACGGUCAGCGCUGCAGCGAGCACCAGCGGCGACCACAAAGCACCAUAACCGCCGUGAGGUGCCUACCUCAAAAGUUUUAUGAAUGCAUAAAGCGUGAGCUCUG